UACCAAUGGGAGUACAGGUUAGGUUUUUCACCUGCAUUUAAAUACACACUCUUACUGGGUAGGUCCAGCUUCCUAACGCUCAUUAGAUUUGAAUUAUGAGGGAGAGGGAAAGAACAAGAGAGACUGCUGGAUACGGAAUGGAUUAAAGAGAGAUACAAGGAGAGCAAGAGAGGGAGAGAGAGAGAGAGACCGACAGAGCAAGAGAGAUAGAGAGAGAGAGAGAGACCGACAGAGCAAGAGAGAGAGAGAGAGGUUGAAAAAGGAGCUGCAGAGUGGAUUUAGUGAAAGUAAAAGGAGUCAGACUAAUUAAAGUCAGUAAGUAUGGAUUCAGAGCAUGGUACCUCAGCAACAGCUGACACCAUUGUCCCCGGAAGUCAAUGCCAGGAGUCUGGUACCUCAGCAACAGCUGACACCAUGGUCCCCGGAAGUCAAUGCCAGGAGUCUGGUACCACAGCAACAGCCGACACCAUUGUCCCCAGAAGUCAAUGCCAGGAGUCUGGUACCACAGCGACAGCUGACACCAUGGUCCCUGAAAGUCAGUGCCAGGCUGAGGAGGAGGAGGAGGAGGAGGAGGAAGAGGAGGGAUCCGGAAACCAUACACACCCAGACCCAGUCCUGGUGUGGGCCCCCAGUGGGAGACGGCUGCUCUCCGGGCUCCUUGGCCUCAACGUUGUCCUUCUUGGGGCAGCUCUGGUAGCUGGCAAGGCCUUCAACCCUCAGGGCCUCAGGCACCAGGAGCCCCAGAUCUUCAUGUUGCUGCUGAUGUGCCUCAGCCUGGCCUGGAUGCUGUGGUACCUACUCUGGGCCAGGAGGAAACCUGGGAUAUGCCCACAUAAAGACCACCACGCUGGGGGAAUCACAGUCACAGUGGUCCUGAUGCUGUUUGCCGCCUUCAGUCUCCUGAUGCAUCUCUUCAAGAUGGGUUACUAUGUCAUGAUGAAGGAGUGUAAGCCGGUUGCUAAAGUCCUUGCCCCCUUCAUCGAGGCUCCCUUUCUUGGCCUACAGACCUAUUUGCUCUGGGCUCACUCCAAAGACUGUAUUCACAAGCACAAGAUCAUUACCAGGUCUGGGCUGAUGGUUACUCUGAGCGCAGAUCUGUUGCUGUGGCUGAACGCGGUGACAGAAGACACAGUUCAUCUGGAGAUAGAGAUGGAGAAGGAGGAUGGCCGCGCCACGUAUGGCAGCGCAGAUAGCUCUGACUCAGGGCUGAGAAAUGCAACAUUAUGCCAGUGCAGUGCAGACACAUUGUGCCUGUUCUUCAGGAAGGGUUAUGAAGUCCUGUAUCCCUUCAACAUGGAGUACUACCUGAUGGCAGGCUGCAUGCUUUAUGUGAUGUGGAAGAACGUGGGCAGGCGUAUGAGCCCUGGGUCAAUACCCCACCAUGCCCAGAGGAUUACCCUACGCAUCGUCCACGAAGGUGGGAUCCUAUUCGGGCCGUUGUUCGGGGGUCUGGUCCUUAUAGCUGGGGUGGUUGUGUUCAUCCUGUAUCAAGUUUGGGUGAACCGAGGCCAACACCGGCACACUGCCUUUCUGAUAUUCUACUGCUACCAUCUAGCUGUGAUGCCCAUCAUGUCCCUCUGCUCCCUGGCUGGCCUGUUGGUCCAUAAGCUGGAGAGGAGGGCGGAUGAGAGGGGACAUAACCCCACGCGUAGCCUGGAUGUGGCCCUCCUGGUUGGGGCAGCCCUGGGACAGCUUGCCCUGUCCUAUUUCUCUCUGGUGGCUGCUCUGGCUGUGGGGCCUAGUGGACCACUGGGAAGCCUGGAUCUUUCCUACUCCCUCCUCAGCCUGUUGGAGCUCCUGCUGCAGAAUGUCUUCAUCAUUGAUGGCCUCCACCGAAACCCCAACCUGGCCCUCACCAAGGGUAAAGGAAAGGAGCGGAUCAACAUAUUCAUGAAGAGGAAGACCAUGGAGUAUACAAAUGACAGGAAUAAAGUAGGAGGAGCGAUGUCUCUAUUGGAGAGGGGAAAGGCAGUGACAGCACCACCUGGUGGCCAAGUCAAGGAAGGACAACAGACGUGGUACAAAAAAGUCACACAGGAGAUCUGUGCCUUCCUCAUACUCUCCAAUAUCAUGCUCUGGAUGAUCCCAGCGUUUGGAGCCCACCCCCAGUUUGAGAACGGCCUGGGGAAGCAGUUCUUUGGCUUCUCUGCCUGGUUUGUCCUGGUCAACCUGGUUCAGCCUCUGGGAGUCUUCUACAGGAUGCACUCUGUGGGGGCCCUGAUGGAGCUCCUCAUCACUGGCUGAGCUCCUAUCCUCUCCUCCCCUGUUCUCUUCUCUGCCUGGUUUGUCCUGGUCAACCUGGUUCAGCUUCUGGGAGUCUUCUACAGGAUGCACUCUGUGGGGGCCCUGAUGGAGCUCCUCAUCACUGGCUGAGCUCCUAUCCUCUCCUCCCCUGUUCUCUUCUCUGUCUGGUUUAUCCUGGUUCAGCCUCUGGGCGUCUUCUACAGGGGGGCCCUGAUGGAGCCCCUCAUCACUGCCUGAGGGAUAGGAACCACAACACUGAUGAACUGCUCCCCUCUGGGACAUAAGGCCACAAUGAGCUCCCUCCACCUUUUCAUAUCCUUGGGUGAAAUAUUGUGCCGACCAGCUAAAUAUCACAUUUCUGUAAAGAUGAGACGUGUAAACAUUUCUCUGUUGACAUUAAAAACAUGUGUACUUUGAUUCAUAAUACAUUAUUUAUUACAUGUGAUAUGUUUCCAGUACUUUGAAAAUAUUGACAUUAUGAAAUCAGACACAGAAAACAACAGCAUUUGCCUGCAGUUCAAAAGCCAAUACAUACAUUCCAGAGAUAUCACUUCUUGUCUCAGUCAGUCGGUUCACAGAGGUCCCGGUCAGUCCCCAGGUCCCAGUCAGUCAGUUCACGGAGGUCCCGGUCAGCCCCCAGCUCAGAGGUCCCAGUCCCCAGGUCACAGAGGUCCCGGUCAGUCCCCAGGUCUCAGUCAGUCAGUUCAGAGGUCCCGGUCAGUCCCCAGGUCUCAGUCAGUCAGUUCAGAGGUCCCGGUCAGUCCCCAGGUCUCAGUCAGUCAGUUCAGAGGUCCCGGUCAGUCCCCAGGUCUCAGUCAGUCAGUUCAGAGGUCCCGGUCAGUCCCCAGGUCUCAGUCAGUCAGUUCAGAGGUCCCGGUCAGUCCCCAGGUCUCAGUCAGUCAGUUCAGAGGUCCCGGUCAGUCCCCAGGUCUCAGUCAGUCAGUUCAGAGGUCCCGGUCAGUCCCCAGGUCUCAGUCAGUCAGUUCAGAGGUCCCGGUCAGUCCCCAGGUCUCAGUCAGUCAGUUCACAGAGGUCCCGGUCAGUCCCCGGGUCUCUCUCUAGUCUGUCUCAGUCAGUCAGUUCACAGAGGUCCCGGUCAGUCCCCAGGUCCCAGUCAGUCAGUCCCCAGGUCUCAGAGGUCCCAGUCCCCAGCUCAGAGGUCCCGGUCAGUCCCCAGCUCAGAGGUCCCGGUCCCCAGGUCUCUCUCUAGUCUGUCUCAGUCAGUCUCUAUUUCACACUCUUCCUAAAUGAAAAGGAGCUUUACUGUGAUAAAAGGGAUACCAACAAAUUUAACUUUCCAUAAAAGCAUUUCAAGAAUAUAAACUGAAAAUAAUAAGUACAAUAAAUCUUCAUCUAAAACAUUGAAACAAUCUUAGUAACAUACACUAUUGUAUAAAAGUU